AAUAGCGAUAAUCUGAACCACGCAGUUUUGGCAGUGGGAUAUGGAAUCCAGAAGGGAAACAAGCACUGGAUAAUUAAAAACAGAUACCUCAUGUGACAAGUUCCAAUUUCUGUUUAAAGUCAGUUUGACUGAAGUCUCCUUAUUGCCUUUGAAAUCCGUGAAGAGAGCCUCCAUUUCAAGGACUUACUAUGGGAGUACCUGCUGGUUCCAUCAUAAUGAAAUGGUUGUUUUGUGUGCUCCUGGUGUGCUCCUCUGCAAUGGCACAGCUACAAAAGGAUCCUACCCUGGAUAACCACUGGGAUCUCUGGAAGAAAACCUACAACAAACAAUACAAGGAACAGAAUGAGGAAAUGGCACGGCGUCUCAUUUGGGAAAAGAAUCUAAAGUUUGUGAUGCUUCAUAAUUUGGAGCAUUCAAUGGGAAUGCAUUCAUACGAUCUAGGCAUGAACCACCUGGGAGACAUGACCAGUCAAGAAGUGGUGUCUUUGAUGAGUUCCUUGAGAGUUCCCAGUCAAUGGCAGAGAAACAUCACUUACAAGCCAAACCCUAAUCAGAAAUUGCCUGAUUCUCUGGACUGGAGACAGAAAGGGUGUGUUACUGAAGUAAAGUACCAGGGUUCUUGUGGUGCUUGCUGGGCUUUCAGUGCUGUGGGGGCCCUGGAAGCACAGCUGAAACUGAAAACAGGAAAGCUGGUAUCUCUCAGUGCACAGAACCUGGUGGAUUGCUCAACUGAAAAAUAUAGGAAUAAAGGAUGCAAUGGUGGCUUCAUGACAGAAGCUUUUCAAUACAUCAUUGAUAACAACGGCAUUGAUUCAGAAACCUCCUAUCCCUACAAAGCCAUGGAUGGAAAGUGUAAGUAUGACCCCAAAAAUAGAGCUGCCACAUGCUCAAAGUACACUGAACUUCCCUAUGGCAGUGAAGAGGCCCUGAAAGAAGCUGUGGCCAACAAAGGACCCGUGUCUGUUGGUAUAGAUGCGAGUCAUCCUUCUUUCUUCCUCUACAGAAGUGGUGUCUAUUAUGACCCAUCCUGUACUCAGACUGUGAAUCAUGGUGUACUGGUGGUUGGCUAUGGUACACUUAAUGGGAAAGACUACUGGCUUGUGAAAAACAGCUGGGGCCUCAACUUUGGUGACCAUGGGUAUAUUUGGAUGGCAAGAAAUAGUGGAAAUCAUUGUGGGAUUGCUAAUUUUCCCUCUUACCCAGAAAUCUAGAAGAUUUCUUCAUUUUAUAACAAGAAAGAUGAACCACUUUCUCUCAACUUAAUUUUACCUGUUAUAGCCAGUAGAAAUAAGUGUAUCAGGAUCAAUGUAUUUUUACUGCACUAAUUAAAAAACAUAAUUUGACUCUUCUACUUUUUUAACUUUGCACAUCUUGGAAAAAAGUUGGAUAAGUAAAUCGAUAAUGUACUAUAGAUACAACUGUAUGAGAAUGGGUUGACCUAAAAUAAUCUGUUGUGUUUAACCUUGUCUUAUUUUAUACUCUGUUUUCUUAAGUCCUCUAAUAUCCUUUUGUAACUUGGGAUUUAUAUGUACUUAAUAAAUAUCUGUCUUUUCAAAUUUA